UAUGGAUUGUCAUAACUGUUCGCCCGGUGCCGUUGGGUACCGCCUCUCAGUUACAAAGUGCAACCCUCCCGGAAGAUUAGAAAACCAGUUUUAUGUGAAAGUUCGCCGGGUGAAAGGACAUUUUUACCGAGAAGCAGACGCUGCUAAAGCUGUGACUUUCUUCCAGUUUGAGGCAUUUGUAGGAAGAUCUGCUGCAGUUGUAGCUGAGGUGUUUAAAUACAGCUUCCUUUAGGAUGAAACGGAGAGGUGAAACCACCGCGGAACCGUCCGGAACUCCGGGUUUGACCACGACCAACACCGCAGAGCAAUCAAAGAAGAUGAGGGUCAUUUACGUCGUGUAUAUAAUCGUUUCUUUGGAUAUAACCUGGAUGUUUUUACAGUUUUCUGUUACCCCAUAUUUAGCAAAGAAACUUGGAUUUGACACGUUGUGGUUUGGUUAUUUGCAAACUACAGUCGGGCUGAUUCAGCUAAUUGGAGGCCCUAUGUUUGGAAGGUUCGGGGAUCUCUUCGGGGCCCGGGCGGCUUUGUCUCUGGCUUGUGCAGCAACCACGGUUUCCUUUCUGCUUCUGGCCGUCGCUAACCAUCCCGUCCUGCUGUUCGUCCACAAACUACCUACAGUAUUUAUGCACGUCUUGCCUGCAUGCCAGAUGGUUGUUACAGACCUCUCAGAGCCGGAGAAACGGGCCGAAGCUUUGUCCAAACUGGGUCUGUGUUUUGGUAUCGGGAUGAUCGCUGGAUCCACAUUGGGGGGAAACAUAAGCGCGCGCUACGGGGAGACGUUUGCAGCCUGCGUUGGUGCUGCAGGGAGUGCCUUCAGUUUGUUGCUGGUUUUAAACUUCAUACCAAAGUCUACUAAAUCUGAGGCCUCUAGAAGCACCACUAAAUCAGAGAACCAAAACAAGAAGGUGUUCAGUUUGGGGGAGAUCACCAGACUGAUGAAGUUUCCAGGCGUAACGAGGAUUUUUCUGAUCAAAAUCAUUGCAGGUUUGCCAUCAGGCAUAUUUCAGGUGAUGUUCUCCAUCAUUGCAAUGGAUUUCUUCAAGCUUGAAGCUCAGCAGAAUGGCUACCUGAUGGCGUAUUUUGGCAUUGUUCAAAUGGUUGUUCAGGGAGGAGUGAUCGGUAGACUCACAUCCAGAUUUCCAGAGAAAUCUCUUCUUCUUCUGUCCAUUGGCAUUACUGCAGGUGUGGGUCUGGCUCAGGCCUACAUGCAGACAGUUUUCCACCUCUGCCUCACCGUCACUCCGUGGAUGUUUUCUCUCAGCGUUUUUAACGUCAUCACCGACAGCAUGCUCACCAAAAUCGUCCCAUCCUCUGACACAGGAACGAUGCUGGGUCUGUGCGCCUCCGUUCAGUCGCUGGUCCGGACAAUCGGACCGACCAUCGGCGGUUUCCUGUACAUGAACUACGGCCUCGCCUCCAUAGGUCUAAUUGAGUUUUUUGUGAAUAUAGUCGUGUUUGUUUACCUGCUAUAUCGACAACGCAGCAACACCGAGAGGCAGAAAGAAUGAAGAGGCAAUUUUAUUUUUAUAUUCCAUAUUUUUAUAGAACUAGAAAACAUAAAUGUUUAAUCGUCGUUUGCAACAUGCUGCUUUAAUUUUACAUUCCAGUUAGUCGAGAUUUAACUUCAUUACUGUUAUUCAGAUGAAAACCACUAGAUGGCAGCAAAAUAUCGAGAUUAUUCAGAGAUGUUUCUGUUGAUCAGAUUUUCAUUUUCAUUCCGUUUUUUUAAAAUCAUGAUUUUAUGUAUAAACAAAGCAUUAAUUUUUUUACUU